UGUCCCAGUGAGAUCAUCCCCCACCCCUCUGGGUGCCUGUUGUGGCCCACGGAAAAAAGCUGCCAGGAAGACAGACUGAAGGAAACAAGCAUUGCUCUUGUGGAGCUCGAUGUUAUCCUUCCAUCCCUCCAUAAAAAGAUCUUCCUGAAUAUCCAUCAAACCAGAGUUAAAGAUGAAUCCCACCUUUCUCCUGCUCUUGGUGUGUUUUCUGCAUGCCAGCAGUCUUCCGGGUGAAAAGGCACCCCCAAAGAAGAGGGCCGGGAGGCCUCCACCGUGUGUAAGAUGCUGCGGGCAGGACGAGCAGCCGGCCUCCAUCACUGCUUCCCGAUUCACACGGAUGACCACCGACUCUCGUUAUGCGACCCCUAAGAUCCAGCCCACCAUUGAUAUCCACAUCUUAAAAGGAGAAAAAGGUGAGAUGGGGGAACGAGGACUUGCAGGGCUCGAAGGCAAAUCAGGUGAGCCAGGCCUGCAGGGAUCCCAUGGCCAGAAAGGAGAAAAGGGUCAGGUGGGCCCCACCGGCCAUUCCUGCAAGCAGCAUUAUGCGGCCUUUUCGAUCGGACGCAGCAAACCCCUCCACAGUUUGGAUUACUACCAGCGGGUCACUUUUGACACAGAGUUUGUCAACCUCUACAAGCAUUUCAACAUGUUUACGGGAAGCUUCUUCUGCUACGUCCCCGGGAUCUACUUCUUCAACCUGAAUGUCCACACCUGGAACUACAAGGAGACCUACCUGCACAUCAUGAAGAAUGAAGAUCAAGUGGCCAUCCUCUACUCUCAGCCCAGCGAGAGGAGCAUCAUGCAGAGCCAAAGUCUCAUGCUGGACCUCCUGGAAGGAGACGAGGUCUGGGUACGAAUGUUCAAGCGGGAGCGGGAGAACGCAAUCUACAGUGAGGAAUCAGAUAUCUAUAUUAUCUUCAAUGGCCACCUAAUUAAGCCAGCUGUAGAAGGAACUCCAGGCCAAGGCUAA